AUGUUUCAUGGAAGAAGAAAGAGCAAGAGAAAAGACGAUCAAGGAAGCAGCAGUCGCAGCAACACUUUCAAUGACGAAGUAAUUGAGGAAAUCGACAUGAAUGACAUUAAACUCGACUCCAUGCGAUCCCGUAUAUCCAAUCCCGAGAAAAUUGGCACAAGCAGCUCAGCAUUCAACGAGGACAUUGAUAGAGUAUAUAGCAGAGGUCAAUCGGGAUCCAUAGGCGAUGUGAUAGACGACACUCCAAAGUUACAGAGAGGACUCAAGGCCAGACAUUUGACCAUGAUCUCAUUGGGUGGUACAAUUGGUACAGGUCUGUUUCUGGCUUCCGGUGCUUCUGUUGCCAAUGCUGGUCCAGGUGGUGCAUUGAUUGCCUAUGCUUUGAUCGGUAUCAUGGUCUUCUUUAUGAUGGAAUGCUUAGGUGAAAUGGCUACAUAUCUUCCCAUUUCAGGUAGUUUCAAUAACUAUGCUGGUAGAUUUAUCGACCCAGCUGUUGGAUUUGCCUUAGGUUGGAAUUACUGGUAUAAUUGGGCUGUCACUGUUGCUGUAGAAUUGACUGCUGGUUCCAUGGUCAUGGCGUAUUGGUUACCUCAUGUCCCCGGUUACGUGUGGUCAAUCAUCUUUUUAGUGAUCAUUUUGGCCUUGAACUUGUUUUCUGUCAAGGGUUAUGGCGAAGCAGAGUAUUGGUUUGCUUUGAUCAAGGUACUGACAGUCAUUGUCUUUAUCUUUUUGGGUAUCCUGGUCGAUACUGCAGUUUUGGGCGAUACUUACUACGGUGUUGCUACAUUCAAUGCUGGUGGCGUGCAAGGUUUAGGUGUAUUGAGCACAUUUUUGACGGCUGGUUUCUCUUUCCAAGGCACGGAAUUGAUUGGUGUCGCUGCUGGUGAAAGCGAAAAUCCUCGCAAAAACGUACCAAAGGCAAUCAAGCAAGUGUUCUGGCGUAUUGUCCUGUUUUACAUUCUCUCCAUUCUCAUUAUCGGUUUGAUUAUUCCCUACGAUGAUCCUCAACUCUUGAAUAGCGAUGUACAAAACAUUUCUAUUAGUCCCUUUACUCUAGUAUUCUUGAAGGCUGGUAUUGCUCCUGCUGCUCAUAUUAUGAACGCUGUCAUUCUGACAACUGUCUUGUCUGCUGGAAACUCGGGUCUGUAUGCUUCCAGCCGUACCUUGUUGGAUCUUGCAAUUGAAGGAAAAGCUCCCAAGAUUUUCAAGAGAAUUACAAAGAAUGGUAUUCCCAUUUACUGUGUCCUUUUGACAGCCGCUAUUGGUAUGCUUGCCUUUUUGACAUCUCUCUUUGGCAACGGUGUUGUGUAUAGCUGGCUCAUGAACAUUUCUGGUGUUGCUGGUUUCAUUGCAUGGCUGGGUAUCGCUGCAUCGCAUUGGAGAUUCCGUCGUGCCUAUGUUGCUCAGGGGUACAAGGUAGAGGAUCUUCCCUUCAAGGCCAGACUUUUCCCCGUAGGUCCCAUCUUUGCCUUUGGUAUCUGUUCAUUUGUAAUUGUCGGUCAAGGAUACGAUGCCUGGUUUGCUGAUCCUAUCAGUGCAAGUGAUAUUAUUGCAUGCUAUAUUGGUGUGCCUGUUGUCUUGAUUAUCUACUUGGGAUACAAAAUUGUAAAGAGGAGCAAGGUCAUUCCUUUAGUGGAAAUCGAUUUGAUCUCUGGUCGUGAAGAAUUCGAGGGACAUAAUUUUGAUGACGAUAAUGACAAGAAGAACGAUCCACUUGAAGGUGUCAGCGUGUUCAAGCCUUCUACUUGGAAGCGUAUUCCAUCAAAUUUGAAGUCUUGGAGAGACGCUUUCCACAACUAG